ACUCUUAGGAAGAAUGCCAGGAAUCAGAGGCUCUGCUGCUUAUUCACAUGAACCCCCUCGUGAUCCAUGCCUGAAAAUUAAUUCGAAGGAGCCUUUCAAUGCAGAGCCACCACGUUCAGUCUUAAUUUCGUCCUAUGUGACUCCAGUGGAGUUCUUCUACAAGAGAAACCAUGGCCCAGCCCCAAUAGUUGAUGACAUUGAGAGAUAUCGUGUUUGUAUAUUUGGAUUGGUGGAAAAUCCCAAGGAGCUAUCCUUGGACGAUAUCAGGAAGCUACCAAGGUACGAUGUGACCGCUACUUUACAGUGUGCAGGCAACAGGAGGACAGCAAUGAGCAAAGUAAAAACAGUGAAGGGUGUUGGUUGGGAUGUUGCUGCUAUUGGAAAUGCGGUUUGGGGUGGGGCCAGAUUGGCAGAUGUCCUUGAACUCGUGGGGAUACCUAAGCUGGCAGCAACCACACCAUCAGGAGGAAAGCAUGUUGAAUUUACUAGUGUCGAUAGGUGUAAGGAAGAGAAUGGGGGUCCAUAUAAGGCAUCCAUCCCUUUAAAGCGGGCAACCAGUCCAGAAGCUGAUGUUUUACUUGCAUAUGAGAUGAAUGGAGAGCCUCUCAAUAGGGAUCACGGGUAUCCGUUGCGUGUAAUUGUCCCUGGGGUUAUUGGUGCCCGAUCUGUGAAAUGGUUGGAUUCCAUCGAAAUAACUGCAGAAGAAUGCCAGGGUUUCUUUAUGCAAAGGGACUACAAGAUGUUUGCACCUUCUGUUAACUGGGACAAUAUUAGUUGGCCUACUCGGAGACCUCUAAUGGAUUUUCCUGUUCAGAGUGCUAUUUGUUCCUUGGAGGAUGUGAACGUGGUAAAUGAUGGAAAGGUUAUGGUUGCUGGAUAUGCAGUAUCUGGAGGUGGGCGUGGGAUUGAGAGAGUGGAUGUAUCAGUUGACGGAGGGAAGACAUGGGUGGAAGCAUCCAGGUACCAGAAGCCUGAUGUCCCAUACACUGCUGAUGAUGAUGUAUGCUGUGACAAAUGGGCAUGGAUAUUAUUUAAGGUCGAGGUCGACAUACCACAAAAUGCUGAGAUAGUUGCUAAAGCGGUUGAUAUGGCAGCAAAUGUGCAACCAGAAGACGUGACUGUCAUCUGGAACUUACGGGGAGUACUCAAUACAUCAUGGCAUAAGGUCGAAGUUCAGGUCGGGCGAUCCAAUCUGUAGAUCAGGGGC